AUGCUGCUCUUCGGCCUUGGAAACCUGUUUUACAUCAUCAUUCUCUUCAUCAACUCCAUCGCCGUCCUGUCCGAGGAUCGCUUUCUGGCUCGCAUUGGAUGGGGUCGAACACAAGCUGAGCCGAGCUUCGGCACGAGCUACGAUAGCAACAGCGUGAAGGCUAAAUCAAUCAACUUGAUCGCCAGUGUGCGGACCGUAAUGCGGAUACCACUCAUCGUCAUCAAUACCGUCAUCAUCAUAUACGAGCUGGUUCUCGGCUGA